AUGCAAAGAGUCAAAAGUGCGGCUCGGCAAUGGCAGCCACCGACUACAGCAGCAGCAGCAGCAGCAGCAGCAGCAGCAGCAGCAGCAGCAGCGGCAGCAGCAGCAGCAGCAGCAGCAGGCAGCAGCAGCAGCAGCAGCAGCAGCAGCACAGUGGUGGUUGACAUUGGCAGCAAAUAUGUUCGCUUCGGAUUCGCUGGGGAGCCUUCGCCGGCCCUCGUGCUGCCUCUUUUAAACAGCAGCAGCUGCGAGCAGCUGCUGGAGACGAUUUCUUGCGGCAUAGAAAGCACGCUGGGGAGCAGCAGCAGCAGCAGCAGCAGCAGCAGCAGCAGCAGCGAUGCAGCAGCAGCAGCAACUCUCGCUUUCUGCUGCAGCUCGCUGGCUAGCCGCAGCUGCCAGCAGCAAAUUUUAGACCUCGCCUUUGAGAAGCUCAACUGCAGCGAAGCUGUGCUGCUGCCGAGGGCGCCCAUGGGGCUCUUUGCUGCAGGGUUGAGCCGAGGCAUAGCAGUGGAAAUGGGAGAUAAAAUAACAAGUGCUGUUCCUGUUCUUGAUUUCUACGAGCUGCCCCACGCCACCUUCAGAAUGCCCGUUGGCGGCGCCGACGUGACUGCUGCCUUUGAAGAAGAACUGAGGAAGAAAGGGUUUGGGGGUUUAGCGCCAGAGCAGCUGGAGGCUGCCAAGGCGAGUCUGGUGUACGUACACCCCAAACCCUUCAGAAGCAGCAGCAGCAGCAGCAGCAGCAGCAGCAGCAGCAGCAAUUAUACGUUUUCCAGGGACGAGGAGGACGAAGACGAAGGGGAAAAGGCCCUGGAGCUGCCAGACGGCACAUUCAUUGAGGCGAGUGUAGCGCAAACCCUGAAAAAGGGUUUAGGCUCGACGGCUGCGCCCGGCGGCGACCCGCGGAAGUUUACUUCGGAAGUUUUGGAGCUUUUGGCGAAAAAAGAGAAAAUAAAGGAAAAAAAGAAGAAAUAA